CGGCGGCUGCUUUUGUACCGGCGCUGCCGGACGUGAUGCGGCGGCCGCGGACCCUGAUCCCUGAACCCCCCAAACUGGAGACAAUGCAUUAAAGAGGAUUAAAAAAAGGGGCGCUGGAAAGAGCAAGAGAGAAGGGACAGAGCCCGCAUGGGAGGAAUCAUGAAUUCCAGCGCCGAAACUAAGAAGCCACCCCUGGCUCCCAAGCCCAAGUUUUUGGUAGGAAAUAAACCUGCACCGCCUCCCAUUGCACCCAAACCGGAUGUUGUGGUUUCUAAUGUCCUCCUUUCAACAAAGACCUCAAAACCCGCCAUUGCCCCCAAGCCAAAAGUCCCAAAGGGCUCACCGGUUCCUGACAGCAGGCUGUCCCCAUCCAGGAAAAGCAUUGUUGUCCUGGAGGAACAUAAGCAGGAAUCAUUAGAACACUCGGACAAGCUUACAUGUCGGAAUGGAGAUGACAAGAGAUCUCCUUAUAUCCUACCAGUGUGUCCAUCAAAUACUGAAUGUAUCCAUAACUGUGGGAGUGGAGACAAUUCGUGUGUUAAACACAUUGUUUUAGAGCAUCUCGAAACACUUGAAAACUUAGAAAACAUCAACAUUGGGGACCCCCUGUCAGUUCCGAAAGCUCAGAAAAAGUGUGAUGCUCAUAGCGAAAAAGUGGAAAAUAGGAACCGAGCAGGUUUAAAAGCUAGCCUUCAGGAAGACAAACUGAAAGAUGCUUUUUUUACACCCACUGGGUCCUCCCCUGCAGCUUCCCCUUUAAAGCACGGACCUACCAACAGUCUGGAAAUGGACGGGAGCCGUGAUGCCAAUGGGGACUUCAAUGUCGAUAUUGCAGCUUUAUCACAAUCUCUCUCUGGUUUUGAUGAAGUCCCACAGAACCAUAACUACCACGUAAAGUUUCCUGGGGAUGGUAUCCAGAUCCUUGAGACCAGUCAGGAUUGUCCAGAAAUCAGCAUUAACGGUGUUUGCUCAUCUGACCAGGAAGCCGGGGAAAAUGAUGGUGAGAGCGGUGUUCAGUUUCGAGAAGGAGAGAGUCAGCAAUCAGAAGCUGAGGACGACAGUCCCUCAGGAAAGCCCUCAGCACCAUGUAGCAAAAGUCUUCCGACCCCGAAGCCCAGAAUGCUCCGGGCUGCUCGUCUGAUGCGGCAAGCGUAUAUAGAUGCUCCGAGUGAAAGCCACGAAGAGCUAGGUGAUUCACAGAUGGACUCUUCUCCUCCUGUUGAACACCAUGUCAAAAAAUUAAAUACAAUCACUCUUCUGGGGACCGGCGUUUUGUGUGACCACGAACCUGAUGAAAAAGAAGAACGAGGAAGCAAGAGUGAAUUGACUUCAGACUCUGGGAACAGAAAAUGCACAAAUCUAAUAGCUCCUGAAAGCCAAGUUGUAGCCAUUUGCCAGAACGCUGUGUCUCCCCAAACUUCUCACACGGUCGAAAGAGUCGAAGAUUGUCCACCUGCAGAUUUUAGCUUCCAUCCAGAAGGUAACACAGUAGCUGAUGCUAACGUGUCAUCCCACGAGGACAGAAGGGCCAGUUUUAUAAAAUGCAAUAUGCAGUCGAUGAGUUUGCCGACACAAUUGAAGCUGACUUACAACCAACAUUUGCCUGCCCCCAAUUCCUUGCAUGGCUCUCUUUUUAAAACUGACAAAGAGGCUACUAUCAGUGAUGAAAAUCCCAUAAAAAUUGCCCCCAAAAAACCUCAAAGGCACAGCUUGCCAGCUGCUGGACGUCUUAAAAAAGCCGCCUCUGAGGAACUCUUAGAAAAUAGUUCCUACCCUUGUGAUGAAGAGAGGAGCUCAGAGGGGAUACUGGACAAAUCUUGUCUUAGGCAUUUGGCCGGCAAAGAGCAUGGUAUGUCUUCUUCAUUUGACAUGCCAAAACUUAUCAAAACUUCAGAAAAGCCAGUAUGGAAAUUACCUCAUCCUAUUCUGCCCUUUCCAGGGAAUCCAGAAUCUUUUAAGUCUGCCAACUUGUCUUCCAACGGUGAGUCCUUCCCUUCUCUCACCAAACCUAGAGCCAAGUCAUUGUCAGCUGUGGACAUGGACAGAUGCAAUAAACCUUGUAAAGACCCUCAGAAGAAAAAUUCCUUGAAGAAGUUGCUUAACAUGAAAUUGUCCAUCUGUUUUAUGAAGAGUGACUUUCAGAGGUUUUUGUCAAAGGGUAGCCAGGUUGGAGAGACGGCUCCCGGUCGUCCUUCCAGUAGGGAAAGCAGGGGAAUUGAUAACAGUCAGCAGGUAGAUGAAAAGAGGGGUAAACCAGUUAAGGCAUAUUCUGCAGAAACACACAGCCCAGCCUCCCACAAGAAGAGGAGGAUGUAUCAGAGUCAGGUAGACUUUCCUAAUGGUCCCAAGGCUGAAUCUUUGGAUGACCAGAUGCUCUCCAGGGAAACACCAUCAACUCCUUUUAAUUCUGGAGUAAGUAACAGUGCCCCAGAGUAUGAAAACAUAUGUCGCUACGAGGAAACCCCAGAAUACGAAAAUUUGCCAUUUACCUUGGCUACACGUAGGACUCCAGAUUCUGAGUGGCAAAAUCCGAACACCGUGCAAGACAGUGAUGCAAAUGUAUAUGAGAUGGAAGAUCCAUAUGUAACCUCCAGUAGCCAGCUCCAGGAAGCACUGGGACCUCUGCAUUCCAGGUCUUCCCAUGAAGAUCAGGGUGACCUGGACCUCACGUUGGGUGACCUUCCCUCCGAUGAGGAAGAAGCAAUCAACAGCUCUGAUGAAGAUGCUAGCUCUGAUUCCAGCAAAGGGGAGCCUGAUUCCCUGGAAGACAAGCAGGGUAAGGGAACUGGAAAGAAAAGCAAGGUUUACCUUAUUGCCAAGGAGAUCAUGAGCUCCGAAAAAGUGUUUGUGGACGUGUUGAAACUUUUGCAUAUCGAUUUCCGGGAUGCAGUAGCUCAGGCCUCCAGGCAGCUUGGAAAGCCAGUGAUUGAGGACAGAAUCUUGAAUCAGAUCCUGUACUACUUGCCUCAGCUGUAUGAACUCAAUCGAGAUCUCCUGAAAGAAUUAGAAGAAAGGAUGCUGAACUGGAUUGAGCAGCAAAGAAUCGCAGAUAUAUUUGUAAAGAAGGGGCCAUACCUAAAAAUGUAUUCCACAUACAUAAAAGAAUUUGACAAGAACGUAGCUCUUUUGGAUGAGCAGUGUAAAAAGAAUCCUGGCUUUGCCGCUGUGGUUAAAGAUUUUGAGAUGAGCCCGAGGUGCGCUAACCUGGCGAUAAAGCAUUACCUGCUCAAGCCCGUUCAGAGGAUCCCCCAAUACAGACUGCUCCUGACAGAUUAUUUGAAGAAUCUUUUGGAAGACUCUGCAGAUUAUAGGGAUACUCAAGAUGCCCUCGCUGUUGUCAUAGAGGUUGCCAAUCAUGCCAAUGACAUCAUGAAGCAAGGAGACAACUUUCAGAAGCUCAUGCAGAUUCAGUACAGCUUAAGUGGACAUCAUGAGAUAGUACAACCAGGAAGGGUCUUCCUCAAAGAAGGAACCCUGAUGAAAUUGUCUCGGAAGGUCAUGCAGCCAAGGAUGUUUUUUCUGUUUAAUGAUGCUCUCUUGUACACAACCCCGGUGCAGUCUGGGAUGUAUAAACUGAACAACAUGCUUUCUUUGGCUGGAAUGAAGGUUAGAAAACCAAACCAGGAAGCUUACCAGAAUGAGCUGAAGAUUGAAAGUGUGGAACGUUCCUUCAUUCUCUCAGCCAGCUCUGCUACAGAAAGGGAUGAGUGGCUAGAAGCAAUCUCCCAGUCAAUUGAAGAAUACGCCAAGAAGAAAAUCACAUUCUGCCCCUCCAGAAGUCUCGAUGAGACGGACGUAGACAAGAAGGAGGAGAUGAGCCCCCUGGGCUCAAAGGCUCCCAUCUGGAUUCCUGACAUUAGAGCCACCAUGUGCAUGGUGUGUACAAGUGAAUUCACGCUCACCUGGAGGAGGCACCACUGUCGGGCUUGUGGCAAGAUUGUCUGUCAGGCUUGUUCAUCAAAUAAGUAUGGCUUAGAUUACCUGAAAAACCAGCCAGCAAGAGUCUGUGAACACUGCUUCAAAGAACUGCAGAGACUAGAUCACCAGAAUUCACCCAAGACCGGGUCCCCAGCAAAUCACAAAUCUCCUUCAAGUGCCCUAUCUUCAGUCUUGCAUAGUAUUCCGUCUGGAAGGAAACAAAAAAAAAUCCCAGCUGCCCUCAAAGAAGUGUCAGCAAACACAGAAGACUCUACCAUGAGUGGCUACCUGUACAGGUCAAAGGGCAGUAAGAAACCAUGGAAACAUUUUUGGUUCGUGAUCAAAAAUAAAGUGCUCUACACGUAUGCUGCAAGUGAGGAUGUGGCAGCCUUGGAAAGUCAGCCAUUAUUGGGAUUCACUGUUGCUGAAGUUCAAGAUGAAAAUUCACAGUCUAAAGUGUUCCAACUCCUGCAUAAAAACGUCCUGUUCUACAUGUUCAAAGCAGAUGAUGCUCAUUCGGCUCAGAAGUGGAUAGAAGCAUUUCAGGAAGGCACAGUGCUGUAGCACCAUCUGUUUCAUCUCUUUUUUUAUGGUUCCAGAGGACUAGAAUUUCAUCAGAAAUCAUGAAAUACAGUAAAAAGAUUUUUAUCAAUGUAACCUUGCACUGCCAAGAGAAAAUCCCACUCAGUUGUAUGUUUGUCUGACUUAGGAAAUUGUCUUUUAGUCAUGUUAAUAUUUCUUUAAAAGAGAUUGUACACUUGUUAGGGUAUUUUUUUUCAUACAAAGUGUUAUUUAUUAAAUUUUUGUUGUUUACUUUAUGGUCAGAAUUAUUUCUGAGGCUCACACUGAAUUCCAAAGUGUCCUUGUCUUCGGGAGAAUAGAUAACAUAUCAGAAGUGUAAUAUAGUGUUAACUAUUGUGACACAGCCUGUGACGUUUUCUUCUGUUACUUCCAGCGAUAACACUCUGAUCAACAGACAUUCUUUGUAUCCAAAGUUUGUUGACCAACAUUGGUUUUCUGUGAGUUGCUUAAUUUAGAAAUAGUGAAUAUUUUAAAAUGGUUAAAGAAAAAGACAUGCAACCUUAGUCUCGGUAGAGUAAUCCCAAAUAUAUCUUUGUAUUUUAUAAUGGGGAAAAAAGAUCCCAACACCAUAUAGCCAAGCUGCUACCUCAGGGACACUCUGGGAUUAAGUUCCAGUAAGUUAUCUAAAUAACAAAAUUACUUCUGUCUGUCCUAUACUUCUGCUCUUGGUGGGGAAGGGAUAAAAGAUCAAAGCAGGAUAGCCAAAGGAUAGAAGCCUGAUUUUUUCUUAUUGAACUGUGAGUUAGGAUGAGGAGUCUGCAGUCCUGAAAUUAACACUUUAGAAAACAGCUUUCCCAGAUGUGCAAAAACAAUCAACUCAACAGGCUUAAAAAUAAGGGUCAUACUCUACUAGCACAGCAUAAUAUCAUCAUGGCUUUCAAUCUUUUCUUAAAUUA